ACAUGCAUCUUCUGAGUCAGCUUCCCCGGGACAGCGCUGCAGCCCUUCCAGUCCAUGUCCAUUCUGCACGACUCUGCCCGACACACCUUCUCCCUCUUCCACGCAACUGCCCCAAACUCCCCCUCUCUCGUACUUAUUCACUUGUUUCUCCUCUAAUACAUUCAAAGCUUAAGUCCAGAGUUAGAUUUGAUUAAGGUUCACAUCUCCAGGCCUAUGAAUUCGGUAGAAUUGCAAUAGUUUGUUGAUUGGCUGUGAUUUACCUGGGUUGCACUGAAUGGCAUCAUGCUGAACAAUGCUUCCAUGUUCCCAGGGAGAAGCGAGCUAGCGUGCUCUCAGGGUUGGAAUUACUUGCACUGUUGAGCUUACCGGAUUUUGUUCAUGAAGCAAGACUCCAAUCAGAAGCAGCUGUAAAAGGUGUGGGUCGGUCCUGAAAAGUCCUCAGAUGUGUCCGUUUUUACCUGAGUGAUGGUUUUGAGGGGGUUACCUGGUGUUUUCUGGACUUUCUACGGACUUCCACUCAUCCAGGGAGGGCUGUUGCAGUCAGUAAGCGACGUCCAGGGCGGGGGUCUCCGAGCGCUUGCCUGGGCAGGAUCAGGGAGUUUUAGACUAGGGCUUCUGAGGAUGCCCUGGGGUGAGGAGUAACCCUGUAGAAAUGUCUCGAGGUUUCCCAAACCCCCGGUCACGCGUGCUGACCUGCAGCUCAGCUGCUGGGUGACAUUUUGCAGGGAGGCUCCGCCCCCGCGGCGGCGGGGGCGUGGCCCAGCUCCUCCCACCCGGGAGCAGGGGCGGAGAGAGGGGAGGAGAGGUCGAGCAGGCUGGGGGUUGCCUCCCUGCGGUCUGAGAACCUCCUAGGUCUCCCUGCUGGAGCUGAUUCCGACCUUCCCGCCUGAGGCAAACGCCAGCGUGGUCGGGUCAGACUUGCAGAACCUUGGGAAAGGCGAUUUAUUUUUGUACACAAAGAAGAACCUAAGAGAGAUAUGUGAGCAAACUUUCAGAAUAAUCUUAUUCCUAAACUGUUGGUUUUUUUAAGCAUUAGGGAAUUGGAGGAAGGUUUCGGCUGCAGGAUCCUUCAGUGCCUCUCCUGCACCCCGUGCUCCCAAUGCUGGGGAUCAGCAGGAAGACGUCCUAAAGCAGAGGAAUUAUCUGUAUGAGGAGCGCACUGCACAAGGAGAAGGCAGGACAAGGGGAGAUGAGCCCACAGUGCCUGUCAUUAAUAUUUCAGGAGCAAGAAGAUGGUGCCGCAUAAGGGGAAUCAGGACAAAUGGAACUGCUGUGUUUCAGAGCUGGCUAGAGAGGGCGCUGAUUAGAGACAGGGGAUCUUUGUGGGGUCAACUGUUCUGAUGCAGAGGGGCACGGAGGAUAGACUUGGGGCGUUCGGGUCAGCUCUGCAGCCAGCCUGGCAGAAACUGGCGUGUUCCCAGGGACAAACAGUGAGUGAGGCCUUGCGACCCAAGCAAAGAUGGAGGCAGGCGGAGCCCAGAGAGGCUGCCCGGAGCUGGGAGUCCCAGUGUGAGUCCCCCGCCAGCUUCGCUGCAUGGCCUUGGCGAAUUCCACGUGUGCUUGGAGCCCCUGUUUCCCUUGUGGAAAGUGCAAAGGGCACAGAUCUCCAGGAGCUCAGGGCAGAGCUGAGGCUCCUCUGGAGAACGCACUGCAGCAUAGCAGGCAAUUAGUGCUUGUUGGUUCGUCCACAGGCCAUCGGUCGUCACCAGACAGUGGGGUCCAGCCCAGUGACAGCCCAGGAAGUGCUCAGAGUGGUCUGGAGGAGAGGCAGGAGCUCCAUCCUCUCCAUGCUAGGGGUCCCCGAGCCCACUGCCUGUAUAGGGACACACCCUGGGCACUGUGCAUGCUGAGCGCUGCCAACUCUCCCUCCAUGCAGCCGGAUCUGAAGGAAAUAAGGUUGUGGCCCAGCCUGGUCACUCCUGCAAUUUCUUCUCCUCCUGAGGAGUGGGGUGCCCUCCUGUGUGGGCCCUGCUCUGCCGAAGCCGGCUUCCCACACCCCGUCUUCCUUCUGUUCCACCCAAGCACCCGCCUGGAGGCUGGACCCUAGAGAGUUUAGACACGUGUAUCCCCACGUUGCUGUUUCCCCCAUCUGAUUUCUGCCGCCACUAACCUCAACCAGCCUGGACACAUGGAGCGCAAUUCACCGGCUCUAGCAGCAUUAAGCCACCAGCCCUGUCGUAUUUGAUGUGACAAGGGAUUUCUAGACGCAAAGCCAUGGGUGUCUGGACUUCCGGCACCGACGCCCUCCUGUGUCUUUGGGAGAUAUAUGUGCUUCCAAGAAGCCCAGGAUGGGUGGGCUCUGUCCAGCAUCUGGGAGUCUGCGCCCUGGUAGCUCUGGUUCCUGCCAGCCUCCUCUCUGCGGCCUUCUGCUGGCUCCUGCCGCCUACCGCAGUGCUCCCCGCCGGCUGGGCCGUGGCCUGGGCUCUGCUGUGCUGCUCCAAGUGUGCUCGAUGCUUCCUUCUUCUCUUCCUUCUCUCCUGUGGCCUGCGUGAGGGGAAGAAGGCUUUGAUUGCGGCUGGCACAGGCAUAGCGAUCUUUGGACACAUAGAGAACAUUUUUCACAACUUUAAAGGUCUCCUCGACAGCAUGACCUGCAACCUAAGGGCAAAGAGCUUUUCCAUACAUUUUCCACUUUUGAAAAAAUACAUUGAAGCCAUUCAGUGGAUUUAUGGCCUCUCCACUCCUCCGAAUCUGUUUGAUGACCUUGUUUCUUGGAGCCAGACCCUGGAGGUCUCUCUGUCCAGCCCCAGCCACGCCCUGGAGGCGCAGCUGAAUGACACCAAAGGGGAGGUGCUGGGCGUCCUGUACCACCUGGUGACCACAACAGAGGCGGCCUCCUCCCUGGGCCAGAAGCUUCUCACCUGUGCGGGGCUUUUGCUCCUCCUCCUGGGCACUGGCCUCUUCCUGAAGCGGUUUCUGGGCCCUCGAGGUUGGAAGCACGAAAACGUCUACAUCACCAGACAGUUUGUCCGGUUUGAUGAGGAGGAGCGGCGCCGGCACAGGCCCUGCGUCCUGCCCCUGAACAGGAAGGAAAGGAGGACCUACACUGUCCUGCCCUCUCUCCGUCUGACCCUUAAGGACAGGAGGGCCCUGGGGCUCUUCCUGCUCCCUGUCCUCACACACCUCUGUGUGUGGGUGCUGUUCGCGGCCGUGGACUACCUGCUGUACCGGCUCAUUGGCUCAGUGGGCAGGCAGCUCGGGGGCCUGCCAGGGCUGGAGGUCCGCCUGCAGCUGCACACGGAGAGGCAAGGAACUCAAGACAUCAUCCACGAUUCUUCCUUUAAUAUAUCUGUGUUUGAACCCAGCUGCAUGCCCAGCCCCAAGUUCCUCCUGUCUAAGACCUGGGCUCCCCUCGGCGUUAUCCUUGUGCUGUUAGUGCUGCUGGGCCUGUUGUCCUCCAUCCUGAUGCAACUCAAAAUCCUGGUGGCCACGUCCUUCUACCCCAGCAUGGAGUGGGAGCGCACACAAUACCUGCAUGCAAAACUGCUUAAGAAGAGAUCGGAGCAGCUGCCGGGAGAAGUCAAAGGGAGACAGGAUUUGUACUUUACAAAGGUUCAUUUCUGGCUUCCAGUGCUGAAAGUGAUUGGGAGGAAACACAUGGACUCUGCACCUGAAGACAGGUGGUAAAGGCUGCUGAGGGUUCCUGAGCCACGCGCCCCUGACCUGGCCCUGGACACUGCUGUGGGCACUGCCCAUGCCGGCACCCGGGGCUGCAUCACAAGGUCAUCCAGGGUGUGACCUCGUGGGGAAACCUCAUGCCCCUGGCUCUGUGCCCAGACUGCUCACCCAAACUCAGUGGCUCCCAGGUAAAUGCCUUUGUGGUCUGUUUUCCAAACAAAGCACCGGAUCUCGACUGUGUCCCUGUGUAACAGGAAUCUACCCAGGCGCCUUUCUGAUGCGUCUCAACAGAGAGCACUAUUCAAAGAAAAAGCACAGGAAAAAGUAGGAAACAGUUGACAUCUCUACAGCAAUGUCACGGGCAAUGCCAGGGGGAACGUCUAUGUAUAAAACCAGCAAAAUAUCUUUUAGCUUUUAUUAUCUUUCUUUUCUUUUUUGUAUAUCCUUUCAUUGGUACAUUUUAGGUGUACAAUAUAAUGACAUUCAUCAUUG